UUUUAUUUAAUAAUUUGAAUCUCUUUCAGAGUGGUUCUACAGGAUCUGAACCUACUGAUACACCUAUGCAAACGGAUCAAGGAGGUGAAGCAGAAAUGAGAGAGACUCCACAACAGGAAGCUCAACAACAAGAAUCUGAAGCUUCACGUGAAACUACAUCUUCAGUUGAAGAAUCUCUUACUGCUGGUCUUUCUUCAAUGUUUAAUAUUCCUGGAAUUGCCAUUCUUUCAUCUCAAAGUGGUAGUAUACCAAUUACAACAGGAGCUGCUCCUAUGACUAACACUGAUGCAACAGAAUCGAAUCAAAACACCUCUUCUGGCGGUUCUUUGAGAUAUGGAGAAGGUUUGGCACAAGCUGCUCGUGCAGCUGUGGCGGCUGCCGUAGCAGCAGCAGCAGGUGCUGCAGCAGCUGCAGCUAGGGCAGCUACUAAUGCUGCAGGAUUCACUCAAGGAUCAACUACUUCAACUGGCACACGAAAUGCAACUGGAAGUGCUACUUCAAAUGGAAGCAGAAAUAUAAAUGGAGAUGUUCAGCCAAAUUUACGAGAGUCAACGGAGACAUCUAACAGAAGUACUACACAAAAUCAAACAAAUAACUCUUCAAGUAGUGGAACAGCACCAAAUCCCAGUGGCAGAUCACGUCGUGAAAUUAUCCACCCUCCUACGACAGCAUUAGCUUCGUUAUUGGAUGAUCUCAAUCGAUUAAAUACCAGAUUCCAACCAUUUCUGCAGAAUUACUCUCAGCUGUUGCGAGAUGAUCCUGAUGUUGGCUCCAAUCCAGCAGAAACACACAAUAUGUUUAAUAAAGUUUCUAGAGUACUUCACUAUAUAAGUCAUGCUUAUCAUUCCAUUAGUGAUCUAACUGUUAAUUAUAAUCUUGCACCACCUCGCACACUCCGUGUCCAGGUGAUGCCGUCGUCACAACCAACUACAGUAUUUCAUACAACAGUACCAGUUCAGGCUCAGAUUAAUGUUACAGCUGGGAGAACUAGAAAUGGCAUGUCGUCAUCAUCUUCGACACCAGCCAGUGAAGUAAGGAAACUAUCAUUGAAUGAUUUUGCCAUUAAGCUGUAAUUGUGAUAUAUCUAUUUCUGAUUUACUCUAAAUCACUUUAUUAUUUCAAUAAUUGCAACUUUUUCAUUUCUCUCAG